AUGUCCGAUCCUAAACAGUCCAAGGCUGUCAGUCACGGUGACGAGCCCUACACCGACGAGCCCGUUCCGUCCUACGAGACUGCGCUCCAACAAGGCGCCGGUGGUGGUGUAGCCGCUGGACCUUCCGCUUCCACCCCGGCUGCCCACCAAUGCCAGCCCACCUAUGGCUGCUCGCCAUAUACACCGCACGGCACAGCGAGAAUUGUCAUCGUACCAGCUCCCCACUUUCAUCAUCAUGCUCAGCCAUUCCCACAACUCAACGCGAGUCAAAACCCAAAUCAGCCGCUUCUACCUGCGCCCGUCGUGUCGCAGUCCAGCCCGGAAAGGAGAGCAAAGGCACGCUUCUUCCUCGCUCUGCUCCAAGCCUUUCUCAUCUACAUGCUCAUCAAUCUUCUCAUCGAUCUCACCGUCACGCGCAAAUGGUGA